GCUUAAAUCGCCGCCGGCUGCCCGCUCUGCGUCACCAAUCCAAGCACGCAAACGAGCGCUCCAAAAAUUUCUACGCUUAUCGCCCUCGACCCACCUCACUGCCUCGAUCACAAUCGCCCCUCGCCGGCCGGUCGCCCGCUCUCUUCGCCACUUCGUCGAGCGACUCGCGUUCAAUUCUGCUGCUUUGGUUCUCCCAUGGAGCGACCGGCCGGCUCGGGCAUGGAAGGCGAAGAAAGGAGAGGCGAUGGAAGGAGGCAUAAGGGGAAAGCGCAGCAGAAGCUCGUGGUGCUGCCGGAGGGAGCGCGGUCGUUCGAGGAGGCGGCCCCGGCUUCGCCUCGGCCGCUGAAGAAGAUUAGAAGCCCAGAUCGGUUGGGUCGCUCAUCCGAUCCGACCACACCGGCUUCUUCUCCGAAGCCAAUCUUUCCAUUCGCUUACGAGGAUGCGCAGUCGCUACCGAACUCGUCGGCGUUGCGCCUAUCUGCAACCGGUCUGCUCCUGCAGCAGCAGCAGCAGCAGAUGAUUUCUUUUUCGCAGGGUCAUCCGUACCCGAUCCGUGGCCAUCUUCCCUCGCCAUUGUUUAUGGUGGAAGGAACCGCCGCGGCGACGGCAGCGGGACAACAACAGCAGAUGUACCAGGAGCAGUUGCUCAAGUUCUGGAGCGAGGCGCUCAACCUGAGCCCUCGCGGUAACUUGGCGAUGAUGGGCCGUUUGGCGGGGCAGGAGGCGGCGGCCCGGCGUGCCGCGGUGGCGUCGAUGUAUCCGGGACUCUUACGUGCGGCGCCGAUGUUCGCCUCCCCUGCACCCGCGCCGGCGAAGCUGUAUCGAGGCGUGCGGCAGAGGCACUGGGGCAAGUGGGUGGCGGAGAUCCGCAUGCCGAAGAACCGGACCCGCCUCUGGCUCGGCACCUUUGACACCGCCGAGGACGCCGCCCUUGCCUACGACCGCGAGGCGUUCAAACUCAGGGGCGAGAGCGCCCGGCUCAACUUCCCCAACCUCUUCCUCGGCAAGGGCGGCUCCGCCGGCGCUAAUAGCAGCAAGGAAGCACCUCCUUGCUCUUCCUUCUCCUCUGCUCCGGUUACUCAUGAAACAUCGAAGCAACCUCCGCAACCACAAGCCCAAUCCAACACUCCAAUACCUCCAGUCGCUCCUCCAAUUACGGACACCAGCAGCGCUGACAUGGGAAACUACGAUCUCACUUCUGUCGUCGGUACAGCGGCGGCGCAUCCGCCAGGAGACAUGGUUUGGGGAGACGCCGAAGAAGCCUGGUUCAACACUUGGGGUCCGGGCAGCCCCGUGUGGGACGACAUCGACGGAGCCAACACUCUUCUCUUCCCUUCCCAGCUCACCAGCAUCGCCGAAACCGACGAGGAAUACUCCAACAACCCCGCACCUCUUCCUCUUCCUCCUCCUUCCACUGCCCCUUCUCACUCUCCUCUCUUUUUUACGUGGAAGGAGUGAUCACACCUCACAACCUCUCCUCUCCUUCAUCUCCUCUCCUCUGUUUCAUAUAGGAAAUUAGACAAACACAUGAAGACACAUUAGAACAGUUCACAGAUUGCAGUCUUUUAAUGCCGAUCUGUGGAACUUACACUUGCGCAAGCAGAGGAGUAUGAUUUAAAGCAUGUAUUCCUCUCUGCUGCUUCUCUUCAUACAUUCCAAGGGCUCCCCUGUUCUGGCUGCAUUUUUCAGGCCACAACAGAUCGAUGUCCGUCCACCUCUUGCUUCCUCAUUUCAUCUUUGAUCGACCUCUUCCAGUCACCAUGUUUAAGUUUUUAGCUUUGAUCCUAUCAUUUAGUUGAAGUACUUAUCACACAAGUCACACGCGGCCUGCAGCUUGAAGAAUGCUUUAGAAUUUAAACAAACAUCUCUGCAUUUUGUACGCAAAAAGAUGGAGACAGUUUUGGGUUCUCCGUUCAUGUAUAAGCUUGGAUAUGAUCGUAGUAGCCAAUGCAUGUUAAGUUAUUAAUUUA